ACUUAAUGACUAACACCAAUGAUCAAAGACGAAUUACCUUCCCAUAAAUAAUAUUUUCUUUUCCCUCAAAUUGCCAUGGUCAAAAAAGGAAAAAAAAAGUCCUUGGGGCUGCCUGGUUGGUAUGAAUUUUAUUAGUCGCAUUGGUACGCAAGCCAUAUUCCUCUGAACACGGACGACGAUUGAAGAAAAGAAUUGCAGCAUCAAUCAAAUGGGACAUUGGAACAACGGAAGCUGGGACUGGAAAUUCAAGUGGAGAAGACCACUUAGAGCUUGGGAAGAGGAAAAUUUGCAACAAUUGCUAGAGACAAUAAAACACAUAAAACUAGUGCAAGGCGCAACGGACACUUGGUGCUGGAGCUUAGAGACCGGGGGAAGAUAUACCACAAGAACAGCCUAUGUGCAGCUAGCAAAAAAAGAAGAGAAUAGGCUUCUGGAGUACACAAAAAUAUGGGAGGCGCAAGUCCCACCAAAAGUGAGUGCUUUCUCAUGGCAAUUACUCUUAGAUAGAAUUCCUACAAAGGUUAAUUUAGCAAAGCGUGGAAUUUUGGAUGCUACUCAAAAUAUAAAAUGCUUUUGGUGUGAUCAACUUCCUGAAGAUACAGAACAUCUUUUUCUAGCUUGCAGCACCUCCUACAAUUUGUGGACAAAAUGCCUUAAUUGGUGGGGAUUAUAUUAUGUCUUAGGAAACACUUGUAUUGAUGUAUUCACCCAACAUAGAUGGCACAGGGGGUCAAAGAGCUUAAAAAAAGGAUGGGGCAUGUUAUGGUUUACUGUAGUUUGGUCAUUAUGGUUAAGUAGAAAUGAAACUGCUUUCCAACAUAGGAAGUUAGAUGAGGAUAGGCUAUUUGAACUAGUUCAAGCACGCUCAUUUCACUGGGUUAGAAAUCUGUUGAAUUUGGAAAAUUUCUCCUACAUGGAAUGGAUUUCUAAUCCAGUGAGAUGCUUGACAAACAGGAUAUAGAGACUUGAUGGGAGUAUUGCUUUCCUGGGUCUGGUUUUAAGAAUGGUGGAUGAUUUUGUCUUGAUCACAUUAUCCACAUGUAAUUUCAUGUACUGAUAUUUAAGGGUUUGAGUACCCCUUGUACUCACAAUAAAAUUCAUUUGCUUUU